CAUUUUAGAAUUCAAAUUUGAACAGAAAACAUCUUCAUUUAUGGUCAUUACAAACAUUUCCUCUCUCUUAUUUCUUUCUUUCAAACGUUUUCCUUUCGCUGAAAUAACAAAAAGCCAGUUUAUUUUCUUCUGUGGAACAAUUUUAAAACCUUUCGUUGAUCUUCAUGGAGGAUAUGCAAUUAGAAAAUCUUUCCCCAAAUUCUAGGGUUUUUGAGUGGGAGAAAGAUGUGAAAUUGGAUCAAGAAAUCAAAGAUUCUGCAUUACGUGAAGAUUGGGGUUCUUUGGUUGAUUCUAUGCUUUGUGACUCCAAUUCCAGACUAAUCCCAUCUGGGUUUUCAAAACCCAAUUGCACAGAUGAAUUUGUCCUGUUUAUAAAUGCUGGAAGUGAAGCAUCAACUGAAGCAGAUUCCGAAAUCAAAUUUCAGGGUGACUCUAAUUUUGAAGGAGGAAAUGUUUUGAGAACCAAUGAGAAGAUAGAUGAAGCUGGAGAUUACCCGUUCAUUUAUCAAUCUGCUCGGUUUGGAAUCUUUUCCUAUCGGUUUGAUAAUCUUCCCUCUGGAAACUACUUUGUUGAUCUUCAUUUUGCAGAGAUUAUAAACACCAAUGGGCCUAGAGGACUUAGGGUGUUUGAUGUAUUCAUUCAAGAAGAAAAGGUCUUAUCUGAAUUCGACAUCUUUUCGGUUGUUGGCGCCAAUAAGCCAUUGCAGUUAGUUGACUCGAGGGUCUCUGUGAAGGAGAAUGGAACUGUUUUGAUAAAAUUUGAAGGGAUUAUUGGUAGUCCAGUUGUCAGUGGAAUUUGCAUAAGGAAAGCAUCAGAGUCGUCAGUACCUUGUCCGCCGCAGGAUUCUCUUAAAUGCAACAACUGUGAUGCUGAUAUUGAAGUUUCUUCAGUUAAGAAGAAAUUCUUGCGAACAAAAGCUACUGACAAAUAUGAAAAAAAGAUACAAGAACUCAUUGCUGAAUGCCAGCGCAAGACGAAUGAAUGUCAUGAGGCCUGGAUGUCGCUCACUGCUGCAAAUGAACAACUGGAGAAGGUGAGAAUGGAACUUGACAACAAGAGUCAUCAGUCACGCUGUCUAGAUCAAACUGUAGGGCAACAAGCUGAGAAUCUUAGAAAAAUUACGAGCAUUUAUGAACGUGAUAAAGAGUACUGGGCAGCAGCAGUUAAGAAUUUACAAGAAAAAGUUAAGAUGAUGAAAGAAGAGCAUUCUAGGCUCUCCCAUGAGGCACAUGAAUGUGCUGAUUCCAUACCUGAGUUGAGUAAAAUGGUGACAGGAGUUCAGGGAUUGGUUGCCCAGUGUGAGGAUCUUAAGGCAAAGUACAGCGAAGAGCAAGCUAAGAGAAAGGAGCUUUAUAACCAAAUUCAAGCGGCUAAAGGAAAUAUUCGGGUUUUCUGUCGCUGCCGCCCAUUGAGUAAAGCAGAAUCAUCAUCUGGAUGUACAACAGUUGUUGACUUUGAUGCAGCAAAGGAUGGAGAUCUUGGUAUUUUGGCAGGUGGCUCGACCAGAAAGACAUUUAAAUUUGACCGAGUGUACACACCAAGAGAUAAUCAAGUUGACGUGUUUGCGGAUGCCUCCCCACUGGUUCUCUCUGUACUAGAUGGAUACAAUGUCUGCAUUUUUGCGUAUGGUCAAACGGGGACAGGAAAGACAUUUACAAUGGAGGGGACUGAUCAGAACAGGGGAGUUAAUUAUAGAACCCUUGAGCAAUUGUUUAAAAUCGCUCAAGAAAGGAGUGAUACUUUUUCAUACAGCUUAUCUGUUAGUGUGCUUGAAGUCUAUAAUGAGCAAAUCAGGGACUUGUUGGCUACGUCUCCAACGUCAAAGAAGCUGGAUAUAAAACAAUCAUCUGAAGGGUCUCAUCAUGUUCCGGGGAUCAUUGAAGCUAAAGUUGAUGACUUCAAGGAAGCCUGGAAUGUACUGCAGGCUGGAAGCAAUGCUAGAGCUGUUGGAUCCAAUAAUGUUAAUGAACACAGCAGCCGAUCACACUGUAUGCUAUGUGUAACGGUAAAAGCAAAGAACUUGAUGAAUAGUGAAUGCACCAAGAGCAGACUUUGGCUUGUAGAUCUGGCAGGCAGUGAGAGGCUGGCCAAAACUGACGUGCAGGGGGAACGACUAAAGGAAGCUCAAAAUAUUAACAGAUCUCUCUCUGCUCUUGGGGAUGUUAUAUAUGCUUUAGCAACUAAAAGUACUCAUAUUCCAUACAGGAAUUCUAAGUUAACACAUUUACUUCAAGAUUCAUUGGGGGGUGACUCGAAAACUUUGAUGUUUGUGCAAAUUAGUCCUUCAGAAUAUGACAUGAGUGAAACUUUGAGUUCAUUGAAUUUUGCAACUCGAGUUCGAGGGGUUGAGUUUGGCCCUGCAAAGAGGCAAAUUGAUUCGAAUGAGCAUCAAAAGAUGAAAAUGAUGCUUGAUAAAGCAAGGCAGGAUUCUAAGUUGAAAGAUGAAUCGCUAAGGAAGUUGGAAGAGAACCUACAAAACUUGGAGAACAAGGCAAAAUCCAAAGACCAGGUUUACAAAAAUCUGCAAGAGAAGAUUAAAGAACUUGAAGGUCAGCUUGAAUACAAAAGUUCCUUGUAUAGCCAGACAGAGAAGCAAGUCUCACAGUUAGCAGAAAGAUUGAAAGGAAAGGAAGAUUCUUGCAGUGGUCUGCAACAGAAGAUCAAGGAACUCGAGAACAAGCUCAAAGAACGACAACUGUCGGAUACUGCUGUUUUUGAACAGAAGGUUAUGGAUCUCGAGAACAAGCUCAAAGAGCAAGCGCAGCAGUCCGAGUCUCAUUCCUGCACCCUUCAACAUAAGAUUAAGGAGCUUGAGGGAAAAUUGAUGGAGCAGGAUCAUAACACUGAAGUAUUUUUACUUCAUCAGAAGCAGAUUAAAGACCUGGAGAACAAGCUGAGAGAGCAACUAGAGUGCAGACAAGCUCACGAUACUCCUGGUAUCGCAAGGGAUACGGCUAAUGAACAAAAAACUUGUACAAAAGAUGAAGAAAUGUGGAACGAUGUGGAAUCUCAUAUCCUGAGGAGUUCAAACUCGAUUAACAAGCGGCCACUAAGUCAGGGGGCGACAUUGCAGAAAGGAAAUAAUGAAAAUAGUGUGCAUGAUCAUCAGAUGAGAAAGAAGAGACAGCCCAGAAAUGGUGAAGUAGAGAACAAUAUCAUUAUGUUCAAUGACAACUGCAGAAUCAGAAAAUCGGACCCUCCAAAAAUUGGCGGAGUUACGAGAGCAACAAAGGCGGUCACACCGGGUGGUCAUGGACCGUUGAACCACAAGAGAGUUGUUAGAGAUCAAGGGCAAGGAUUUAGGGAGAGGGAUGCUAAGAAAAAGAUUUGGUGUUAAAUCUGUUCUGUUGCUUGAAUACCACUCAAUCAACACUAAUUGAUUGAUUUAUUGUCUUGUUUUUGUAUUUAGAUACAUAAUGUCUGGUUUUUUCAUUUAGAUUCUUAUGUAUAUUUUAUCCUCGAAAGUAUAAU